GCUCAACUAGCUGAAUUGUUACAACAUAAAAGUGAGCUCUUCUACAGGAAAUUCGGAGGAGGUGGUGGACUACGAGUGUGUGCUACCAGACCUUCUACGUCUGCUGCCAAGAUUUCUGGCACAUUGAUAACUCAUCUACAUGAGCAUUCCGACAAGGUUACACAGUCAGUAUUUUCGUUGAUUCGAACCAAUCACUAUCCAGUUUCGUCUGUUGGAUGGGCAAGCAACGAAAUUUUGGCAAUGGCAGUUGGAGAUGGUCAUGUUAUAUGGACCGAUAUUGGAGAAGGAGACAUUCGCGUAGUUACGAAAGUUUGUUUUGUUUCUUGCAAAAUUGUUAUUCUCUAUGAGCAGUAA